UCAGCCCGUACCUCUCUUGUACUUAUCUGUUCAUCAAUUCACAAAGCAACAUGCGAUACACACUCGCUUCGCUGGCCUCGCUGGCCGCCGCCGCCCAGGGCCUUGUCACUCGUGGCGAUCAGUGCCCCUUCCACCUCAAGGCGGCCGGUUCAGUGUCUGGCAAUAUUGGCCAGCUCAGCAGUGGCCAGGCCAGGAUCGGCCUCAGCCCGACUACCUUCAAGUUGGAAGGUGACACAGCCUGGGACUCCCAAGGCCGUGGGUGCUGGUGGACUCCCCCCACAAAGCUUCUCCAGUGCGACAUCGGCCAGAUACCCGAGAAGGGUUGGAAGUUCGAGUGUGACGGCUCCGUCUCGUUCAAUGGCCAAAAGGAGUUCUACCAGUGUGAGGCCGACAAUGGCCAGUACAACAUCUACCUCCUCAACAAUCAGGGCCAGAACUGCGCCAAGGUGACGCUCACCUCUGAUGGCUGCCUUCCCGGAUGCCCCAAGCCAAAGCCCACCGAAGCCCCGCCGACCUGCCCUCCCAAAGAGACAGUCACCGUGACCCAGGUCAUCACCCAAGGCUGCCCGACCCCUACUCCGCAGAUCCAAGUCAAGGUCGUGAGCCCGCCGCCUGCCCCGCAGCCUGUCCCGCCGCCUCCGUCCCCCAAGACGUGCCCGACCAACCUCUCCGGUCCUUACGAGUUCCCCCACCUGAUCAUCCCCGUCGACAGCUCCAACCCCGACAAGGCCCCCGGCACGUCGUACAACGGCCAGGCCGACUCCAAGAUUUCGUCCAUCUUCAACUUUGACAUUCCCGGAAGCUACAAGGGCAAGACCUGCAGCCUCGUCUUCCUGUUCCCCAAGAAGGAGGACCUCGAGACGUCCGACUGGAAGUUCAGCGGCUCGGGCGAGCUUGUCUUCUCCAAGCUCAAGGGCGUCGCCACCCAGAAGACGACGGCGAACAACGCCCCCGCCGUCGAGUCGGAGCUCAAGACGGUCCAGAUCGCGCCCGGCAACGGUUACUCGAUCGCCACCUUUGACUGUCCUGCUGGCACCGCUGUCAGCUUCCAGAUGAAGAGCAAGGGUGACACCUCGCUCUGGUUCUUCGAGGACUACAACCCCUCGCCCCUGGGUCUGUACAUCACCGUCUGCUAA